AUUUUCCAAUUUGGUAUUGAGUUUUCAAAUUUGAUUUUAUUUCUUAUAUAUCAAAUACUCCAGAUUAUGCAAAACUGUACAGAGCUCCACUACUUUUUCAUUCUCUUGGUCCUUGCAAGUCCCCUCCAUGCUAAUAUAAAUAUACCACAUUCUCCAUGUAGUACACCACUAAUUCUCCACCGCUGUAGUAUCAUCAUCCACAGUUUCCAUGUAAAUUGACAAGUAAACAGGAUGUGUAGCACGGUUUUGAAUUUCAAGAUUACAGAACGGAAAAAGUUCUUGUGCUUGUUUAAUUACUCCAAGCCUUUCCAGAGUCAAAAUAGUUUUUCAUGAACUGCAAGCCAAAGGGUCAAUUGCCCUCUUGGGGGGUCAACAUUUUCCCAGAUGAAGCUUGUAGCUUCUAAGGGAAUGCAGGGAGCGUAGUUUUCAUAUAACUUCUGAUUUAACCUUUUUUUUUGUGGAAAAUGUUAUAUGAAAACUACGCUUUUUGAAAGUCCAAUUUCCAAAGCGCACCAUGUUUCUUUUCUUUUCUUCAACCAACGCAAUGAAUCAUUUUCCAUCAUGUUUUUAUAAACCUAUAUGGCUAAUAUGACGUGCACUGCUAAGUAUUUUAGGUGUUGUCUAUGUACCAAAUGAUGAAUUUAAAAAAUCAUGUAUGUUUCCUCUGAACUAUUUCUGGUUUUGAUAUUUUAUUGUUGAGUAGGAUGAAGCAGGUCUUUUUUCAAAAUGAUUCAGUUUACAUGAUUAUGGAAUAUGUUAAAGAAGAUCUGAAUUGCUAUUUGCAAUGCAAGAAGUAUAUUGAAAAUCCAAAGGGUUGGCUUAAGCAAAUGUUAGCUGCUGUUUCCUAUCUUCAUAGGCAGAAAGUAAUUCAUCGGGAUUUGAAGCCCGAAAAUGUUUUGGUCUCUGCUGAUGGUAUAUUGAAGUUAGCGGACUUUGGAUCAGCUAGGGAAAGGUUCAUGGAUGAAAUCAAUCUUACACCGCAGGUUACUACUCUUUCUUAUAGAGCACCAGAGUUGCUAUUGGGUUCAGAGUAUUAUAGCUCUGCUGUGGAUAUAUGGUCGGUAGGUUGCAUAUUUGCCGAGUUUCAAACAUCAAAUUCACUUUUUGAAAGUAUUGAUUCUAAGAAUCAAUCAGAAGUGACUACUAUUGCUUUAAUUUUCGAAAAAUUGGGAACUCCUACUGAAGAUAGCUGGCCUGGAGUGUCCUUACUCCCUAAUUUCCCACAGAAAAUGCCCCUCUAUCCUCAGGCUGCUGAAAUCAUUCCUAAUCUUGAUCCUUUGGGAAAUGAUCUCUUAAUGAAAAUGCUUUGCUGUAAUCCAACGAACAGGAUCACGGCUGACCUUGCUUUGGAGCAUCCUUACCUUCGUGGUUUUGGAUAGGUAGUUUGUCAACAUGCUUUUGGUUUUUGAAGUGCCUGUUAUGAUGAUCAUCUGGCGGAGAGCCACAGCUGUCUGGAGCAAGGACGGUACAAACGUCAUCAAAUGAAUAUUAAUUCCUUCAAUUUUGACUUCUUUCAACGCAGCGUGAGAGCAAUACCCAUAAGAUCUUCGUUGUUGUCUCUCUGUGUUGUAUAGCCAAGGACUCAACUGUUGAAGACAAAAAUCUCUUUCAAAGCUUGCAAGUUGCAAUGAGACAAUUUAACCAGAAAACAAGAAUAAUAGCCAACCUUUAGAUGCAAUAUCUCAAGUGAAGGGCAAACAUCUAACAUGUUAAAGAUAGUUAAAACAUCAAAAUUCAAUGGAAUAGCAACUUUUAGUUCCAACUUCCUAAGAAGUGACCUGCUUACGUCUCUUACAAUUGGUGGUAUUACCUGGAGAUAAACAAAAAGAGUAUUUUAUUAGAGAAACAAGCGCAAAUUCAUUCAAAACUGUUGAAUUACAGGAUAUAAAACUUCGUUUUUUUUUUUUUUUAAAUAAAGGAAUAUAUCACUUUUCAUAAUGGGUAGUGGUACUAUUCCCAUUACCAUUUUUGGCGUGGCCCGUUUGAUAACCGUUACUAAAUGGUAGGAAUAGUAUGAAAAGUUAGCGUAAUUUUAGUAGGAAUAUUUCUUGACAAACUUAUUGGUAAUGCUUAUUUUUCUUCAACAA